GAAAAUAUCUAUAAAAAUAUUAAAAAAAAAAAACCAAUGUCCAAAUAGAUCUGCGCGUAUCUCGCUUCCUUUUGUCCAAAAUUUAUCGGGAGCCCAUAGCUUAACAACGGAGACGCCUUUGAGGAUUUGAAUCUAAUAUUGAAUGGAGGGAAUUGGAGGCGACGGUGCAUCAGUGGCAUCACCUUUGCCUCAAUGGGGGUAUGACGCUUGGAGGAUGUAUCAGUAUUAUCUGGAUAAGACUACGCCUCAUGCAACGUAUAGGUGGAUUGGAACCCUGGUUAUAGCGGCUAUCUACUGUUUGCGGGUCUAUUAUGUUCAAGGGUUUUACAUUGUUUCAUAUGGCCUUGGGAUCUACCUGCUGAAUUUGCUAAUAGGAUUUUUGUCUCCUCUGGUUGAUCCUGAACUUGAAGUUUCUGAUGGGCCUUUACUGCCAACAAAAGGUUCAGAUGAAUUCAAGCCGUUUAUUCGUAGGCUACCUGAGUUUAAGUUCUGGUACUCCAUGACAAAGGCUUUCUGCAUGGCAUUUGUGAUGACUUUCUUUUUCGUAUUUGAUGUUCCUGUCUUUUGGCCUAUAUUACUUUGUUAUUGGAUUGUUCUCUUUGUCCUUACAAUGAGGCGUCAGAUUGCACACAUGAUCAAAUAUAAGUAUAUCCCAUUAAACAUCGGAAAGCAGAAGUACACGGGUAAGAAACCUUCUGCAAAUAGCAGUGGCUUUCGUGCGGAUUGAACAUUGAAGCUUGGCUGGUUCACAGGGGAAGUGGUAAAAGGAUCUGGUGGGAAAAGGACAAGUAGAAUUCCGAUGAUGAUUCAUGAUAAUUGAUUUUCACCUUUGGACGAGAUGCAUUUCUGUUGUUGUGGAUUUUUAAUAUGCAGUUACUACAAACAUUAAGUUCAGUUGUCCCUGUAAAGAAGUGCUUACAUCCCAGAAUUGAAACUUUAUUGUUUAAUACGCAUGGUGAUGAAGAUUUGAUCAAAGAAUUUUUUUUUUUUUUUAGAUUAUUGGCAAGUUAUUUGUACAACAAACUAUUGUUUCACUCUUGUCCUCUUCUAUAUUAGUAGCUAAUUGUUAGUGACAAGACCAAAUUUCUUAUCAGGAGCCAUCAGUGGCAGAUUGUAGGCGUUAUUUUUUUAUAAUUUUCUUUUUGUUCUCGAUGGGUGCAAGGGCAAAACUGCUGUAGUUCCUUAAAAGCAUUGCACGUUUAUACAAAAUUUGUAGCCUGUUUUUCUUCAAAACGAAUUGAAUAGAGAUAAGUUUGUGA